AACACGCGUUAUGCAGCUCUCAUGUAUUGAGGGCAUUUGUGGUUGUUGGUUCAAUGUAAUUUUAUAGCUCUUUAAACAGAGUUACAGUGUUGACGCUGUGAUUGGACUUUAGGAGGGAAAGCUUUGAUUCCGUUAUUUAAACAGUGCAAGGAUUAGCAAUGCAGAUCUUCACAGCGAUAAGAUCGUUUCUUUCCCAGUACCCUAGAACUACUGCUGUGGUCACAGGAACAGGACUGGCACUUUUUAGUGUGAAGAAAUGGACAGCAGGUGGAGUGUGUCACAGCAAAGUGAUGUUGGAUGGAAAGACUGUCUUAAUCACUGGAGGCAACACUGGGAUUGGCAAAGAAACAGCAGUUGACCUGGCUAGAAGGGGAGCGAAAGUCAUUCUGGCCUGUAGAGACAUGGACAGAGCUAACAAAGCUGCAGAAGAGGUGAAAAAGAGGAGCGGAAAUGAUAAUGUUGUGGUCAAAAAGUUGGACUUGGCAUCUUUAGAGUCGGUGCGACAACUAGCCAAAGACGUCCUAGCAAGUGAAAAGAGGCUGGAUAUUCUCAUCAAUAAUGCAGGUAUCAUGAGCUGUCCAAAGUGGCAGACUGCAGAAGGCUUUGAAAUGCAGUUCGGUGUGAACCACCUGGGCCACUUCCUUUUAACAAGCUGCCUGUUGGAUCUCCUGAAGAAGUCGGCCCCAAGCCGCAUCGUAAAUGUCUCUAGUUUAGCUCAUGAAAAAGGUGCAGUUUUUCAAAAUCUUUCUUUUUUUUUAAAUUUAACUUCAAGAGAUGUGAUCCUUUCAGUGUUGUUUAAUAUUAAAUACCAUGACUUUGAAUACUGCUUUCACUCAACAGGUGAGAUCUAUUUUGAUGACAUACACCUGGACAAAGAUUACAACCAUUGGAAAAGCUAUGCACAAAGUAAACUAGCUAAUGUCCUCUUUACACGGGAGCUGGCUAACAGGCUGCAAGGUACCGGAGUAACGACAUACAGCCUCCAUCCUGGAGUAAUCCGGACAGAGCUGGGCCGACACUUAUGGCCCAGAACGCCCCUGUGGAAGAAAGUUAUAUAUACACCAUUCAUGUUCUUCAUUAAGUCUCCAACAGAAGGGGCUCAGACCACCAUCUACUGCGCUGUGGAGGAAAGCCUGCAGAAUGAAAGUGGACUCUACUACAGCGACUGCGCCCCUAAAACAGCGGCCCCUCAGGGUCUGGAUGAUGAAGCUGCCAAAAAGCUGUGGGAUAUCAGCGCCUCUAUGGUUGGUCUGACAUAAUCACAGUGACAUCAAUGAUGAUUGUCAUCAUCUUUAUAGUAACAAAGGCCCGAGGAACAACCGGUGCACUUCCUAAUGAGCGUCUGUGUGGCUACUAUCAGCUGAGCUUAUACUUAAUGUGACAAAUGAGCAAAACAGACAGAAAUUCACAAUUGAUAGACAUUUAUUCAGAAUAUACAACAAACUACUUGCAAAAAUACUAUGGAUUUAAUAAUGUUUUUUCUUAAACAGAAGCAAUGCUUCACAGGUAAGUUACAUGGAAGCUGUAUGAUCUUUAGUUUUGAUUGCCAUUAGCGUGAAAUGACAUUUUAAUUGACAAGUUUCACCAAUGCCUGUGUUGACUAAGGGCUUGAAUGUCAUUCAAUGUUACUUAGUUUCAUCAUAUAAUAAUUGUAUAAUUAUUACGUGUGCUUUGAAGGUUUUUGUAACACUGUUAAUAGCAAUUUUCAUCCUGGGCAAUAAAGUGCUGUUAUACAUA